AACGCUACAUUAUAGUGAGGACAUCUUAAAUGAAUGAUCUGGUUUUAUCAUUGGGGAUUAGACGAAAUAAGCGACCACUGACCUCUUUCAAGCGACGAUCAACACAGGCCGAAUUCCGUAUAUUUUUGCGCAUCUGCAUGGUUCAGAUUGUGGGAACCAUGUCACAACACCGUUUGGCACGGACCAUCGCUGGAAUAUACGAGCCUAACUGCGUUUUGUAAAGGCUCCAUGAUCAGCAGCCGCAGGACUUACGAGGAUGGCACAAUAUCAGAAGGAACAAAAUUAAUGUCUGAUCCGUUUGUAGAGUAACUAGGCUGGUUACUCUAAGAUCCGUUGGGAGGCACUUCGAUUGAACGAAGAAUGCAUGUUGAUGAACGCCAAUCUUCUACAAGGAGGACGGGAGCUGAUGACUGACGGCUAAAAGCAGUUCGAUCAUCAAAAAUAAUCUGUCAUACCUCGGGGCGACCGAUAAUGGAGGAACUUCAGACAGAAAUAGGCAAUGGAGGCAGUCCAGAGAGUGUCAGCGGAGACUUGGGAGGAGUGCCGGAAAAGCUAUCGGAAAAUGAUCAUGGCCAUGCUAGCAUGGGUAACCAACAAGGCAAAGACGUUGACGAGGUGGAGGGUGCCCUUGCGCAUUGGACUGCAGGUGAAGAUGUAGUGGAGGGGAAAUUUGAGGAAAAAGUCGUCCAUGGUCUUCCGAAUCAUGUCUUUUCAAUAUUUGAAAGAAACAUCCGUUCUCUGCCCUACAAGAACAUCACGCGGCAAGAUAUUGUCAAAUUAGCAAGUCAGGUGGACAGGCUUUUGGUAGAGGAACCACGAGAUAUCAUAAUAAAAGGUGAGCCAUCGGACGGUGUCUACAUCCUCAUCGAUGGAGAGGCUGUGGUGGUAUCAGAGUCGGCUGAGGUCACUCUAUUCAACAUCAGUCCCGGGGACUUCUUCGGCGAGAUAUCGUGCCUAUUUGGUGUUCCUGCAACCGCCAGGGUGAAGAUACCUUCCUGUGCAAUCCUUCUUUUCGUUCAGCGCGACCACUUUAGUAAGUUCAAACGAGACGAGAGCGUGGGCAUGUUAGACUGGUACGUGAAGAGGCGUUACCUGGCAACAGACAAAAAUGUCUCCCUGAACUCCCCGUGGAAUAUUUCGAAAGAUGCAAUAGAGAAAAAGACAGUUAAGGAAGCUAUACAAACAUGGCCGUUAUUUAGCGGCUGGUCUGAGGAGGCACUUGACACAGUGGUCCGCACUCAUUCGAUGGGAAGUCUGAAUGCCAAGCUGAUCCUCUACCCCCCGAAAUCCACCAUCGUCUUUUGCGGGGACCCGGCAAAUGAUCUCAUCUUGCUAAUCAGAGGGAAGGCAGACGUUGUGGACAAGUCUCUGAAGAAUUCCAUGGUCAUCCAAGCGAGGAAAUACCCCUUCGUUCUUGGAGAGGAAGGUCUUUUUAUCGACAGAACUCACGUGCUAACUGUCAAAGCGAAGACAGGGUGUGUGGUGGCUCAUGUUGGCAAGGACGCCAUCUUGAAAGCCAAGGACAUGAAUCUGAAUGGUAGCAAUAAGGUCUGGCAGGAGGCCACGAAGAGAUGGCAGCGUGUGUUUGAUAGGCGGGACGCGGCCCUGUACAACAAGUAUAAGGUGUACUUACAGAUCGAGGUUUUGUAUAAGAUGUUUCGAGAGAAGGAGAUCUUCUUGCCCCUGCCCAUAGGUUUCAGCUACCACAUAUCCCUUCAAGCGGUGGCCUUUUCCUACAAGGCAAAGCAGGUCUGUCUUACAGAGGAGGAAUACGAGAAGAAGUGUUGUUUCAUGGUAAUGGUAGGCAAAUGCUCAUUGGCUAGCGACGAGAACACAAUCAUGUCAUAUUCACAGGGAGAUGUCUUCUGGCGGACAUCUUGGAUGCCGAAGAAGGCUACCGUCAUCGUGGAUAGUGUCUGUCUCGUUGUCAAAGUGCCUUACAGCGCCUUUCAGGAGGGGCUCAAGAAGUACCCCGGUACGAAGAUCGUUGAGCCUGAGAGGCCAGUUGAGCCAGAGUCGGAGGACGUCAUAUCUGCGGGCACAUCGGGAAUAUAAACGUAAUUCAGGCAGCUGGAUUAAGACAUGAGGCGUUGAAGACGUAGAUACCAGUACUAAAGUAUCACGAGGUUGAUAUUCCAGAUCAUCAUCUCUGAGGAUCUAUGUCGUGCCGAUAUAUUGGUCAUUUUUGUACUCAACGUGGAACUAUUGAAUAUGAGAUUGGUAGUAACUCUGAGCCAGAGAAUAAAUGCCCGUUAAAUACUUAAAACUGUGACCCUUUGGACUUGUCUAGCGCUAGCGUACGCCAACUCUGAACCAUGGCUAUCCAGUGCAGCCAACUCUGGCGCAAACGUGGACUAUCGCGUGUAUGCCAACAAUUAAGGCAACCGAAGCAAGCAUGGGCGACCGAGUGUAUAGCAUCUCUGAACCAUGGCAAACCAAUGCAUGCAAGCCUUCUCUGCCGAUGCGAGCAAGGGCCAUUUUAGUGUAUCCGCCUUGAGUGUAACUCAUGUAUGUCAUUGACUACCGAGUGUGUGCCAACUCUGAACAUGGCAGCCCAGUGCAAGCCACCUCUGCCGAAGCAAGCACUGUGUGUAAUGCACGUCGAUAACGUGUGUUCAUUGAAGUAGGAACAUCUGGAAGUGUUCAUUGAAGUAGGGAUAUCUGAACAUUUCUACUUGAGAAUUCAUGAUUACAAGCAAUUACCCGUGCUCCACUCGGAAUUUUGGGCAUCGACACAAUAUGGAGUGUUUGAUAAUUGGUGGGAAGGAAUAAACAACAGAGAGAAACAUUUGUACAUGUAUUUCAUAUUAUUAUAAUUUGGCGGUUAUUUGCCGCUUAAAA